UUAAUAUUAUGAGGUCAAUUUCGUCUAUUCACUCAGCCCUAUGAGCGAAGAAGAAAAAAAAAAGAAAAAAAAAAGGAAAAAAAAAAAAAAAGAAAUUCCACUCGCAAUCUUCAACGCCGAAAUUGGGAUUUAGGUUUUUGGCUAGGAUUGUUGAUGAUCAUGAAGAACAGAAAUAACAGAUUACAUUUUUAUGGAAGUAAAAUUUGUGGAGCAGAUUUCAGAACUGUAUGUAAGAGCACUGCACCUUGUCGCAGAAGAUCCAAAACCAUGCGCGGAUUCCGGCGAGCGAGGAAUGGAAGGUGCGGCGGUGAUCGGAUUUUUUUUGUGCUCACUCAGCCACCAGCCGCCGUCCAUUAGUAAGGAUCGGCUCUUCAGACAGCCGCAUGAUAAACAGCACCGGAGGUGGUUACGUCUCAGACCAAGGCAUUCAAGUGACAACGAACGAGAGGAGCUCGUCGCAGGUGAAUAUAGGCGGCAGAGCGACGUACAUCGAACAUCUGCACUUGUGGGACAGGGCUUCAAAUAACCUGUCUGAUUUCUCCACUCAUUUCUCCUUUGUGAUAGAUUCGAGAGGCAGAUCAGAUUUUGGAGAUGGGCUGACCUUUUUCUUGGCCCCUGUUGGUUCCACCAUCCAAUCUUGGUCCUUAGGCGGCAGCCUUGCUAUUGGAAACAACAAUAUAACGGUGAAUUCAUCUUCGGAGGCGUUUGUUGCUGUAGAGUUCGAUACGUUCCCGAAUUUUUUCGAUCCUGGGACAACACAUGUUGGUAUUGAUAUCAACUCCAUGAUAUCAGUUAAAACCGCAAGAUGGGAAAAUAAUGUUAGUCAGGGGGUGCAAAACGAUGCCUGGAUUAGCUACAACGCUACUUCUAUGGAGCUACGUGUUGAUUUUACGGGUACUUCUAGUAACAGAACUAGACGAGACAACCUCAGCCAUGUGGUCGAUCUUAGAGAGUACUUGCCUGAAUAUGUUGCUGUUGGAUUUUCGGCUGCAACGGGGAGUUGGUUCGAGGAACAUACCAUCAAGUCGUGGGCGUUCUCUUCGACUCUGCAAAUUAAAAAUGUCACUUUUGAAAACCCUGGGGUUGUGAUCACAGGUGGUGGAAAGGAGAAAAAGAGUAGUGGAGUAACACUAGUUGUUGGAUUGAGUGUUGGCCUGUCGAUACUAGUUCUUGCAUCGGCUUUUGCAGGCUAUUUCUUGUGGAGGAGGAAGAAGCAGAAGAAGAGGUGUAAGAAGGAAUCGGGAGAUGUAGAUUACUACGAUCCACGUAUGGAUAUCGAAUUUCAAAAGGGGAGUGGACCGAACAAGUUUUCGUACAGCGAAUUGGUUCUCGCCACGAAAGAUUUCGCAGAGGAGGAGAAGCUCGGAGAAGGUGGAUUUGGUGGGGUUUACAGAGGCUUCUUAGCCGAAACAAAUUCCUAUAUUGCAGUAAAGAGGGUGUCGAGUGGAUCCAAACAAGGCCUAAAAGAAUACGCAUCAGAAGUCAAGAUCAUCAGCCAGUUGAGGCACAGAAACUUGGUCCAACUCAUAGGCUGGUGCCACGAGAGAGGCGAGCUCCUGCUUGUUUACGAGCUAAUGCCAAACGGAAGCUUAGAUUCCCAUCUCUUCAAAGGACAAACGAUACUGCCAUGGGAAGUGAGGUACAAAAUUGCGCAAGGAAUAGCAUCGGCUCUGCUGUACCUGCACGAAGAAUGGGAACAGGCUGUUGUCCACAGGGAUAUAAAAGCCAGCAAUAUUAUGCUGGACUCGAAUUUCAACGCUAAGCUUGGCGAUUUUGGAUUAGCAAGGUUCGUUGACCACGAAAAGGGGGCCCACUCAACUGUUCUCGCGGGUACUUUGGGGUACAUGGCCCCAGAGUGCAUGGUCACGGGCCGGGCUAGUAAGGAAACCGAUGUUUACAGUUUAGGGAUUGUUAUGCUGGAGAUUGCGUGCGGGAGGAGGCCGAUCGAUCACAGCCGUCGAUGUGGGGAAGAUCGAGUGGUGCUGGUGGAGUGGGUUUGGAGGCUGUACGGUAAGGGGGAGCUGCUCGAAGCGGCUGAUCCGAAAUUGGAGACAGAAUUUGACGAACAGGAGAUGGAGCGGUUGAUGAUUGUGGCGCUGUGGUGCGUUCACCCGGACAGUGUGCAACGGCCCUCGAUUAGACAGGCUGUACAUGUUCUUGAUUUCGAGGCUGAGCUGCCGCUUCUGCCUCCAAUGAUGCCUGUGCCGACGUAUUUUGCUGGUGGUGCGGGUGAUUCUACUAGCUAUAAUCACUAUAGCGAUUCUUCGAAUUUGACUGCAUCUUCUGGAAGUUCUACAUCUGCGCUUCUGACCUCGUAGGAGAUAAAAAGAUUGCAAGAAUCUUUUGUUUUUUUUUUCUUUCUCCAGAGAUUAAGGUUGUCUUGAUUAGGAUGAUGUUCUUGGUUCAAUUUGUGCCUCCAUUUUUUAGCAGUUUUUUUGUUGAUGUACAUUUGCUCGUAUGUGUGUUGAUGAUCAAGUUUCUAAAGAUUACUUUUGUGGGUUCAAAUUUUCUUUUUC